CCACGGGGAAACAGCAAAAGCUACGCCUGCGCCACACGACAGAGAAGCUCCGAGGGGAAAAAAAGAAAACAAAACAAAAACAGGCCCCAAAAUAUAUUCUCCGUUCUGUGUAUAGGCGUGUGUGAGCAUAGAGCAAAGAAUAUGGGUGUUCUAAAUUAAACAUAUCUCAGUUUUCCUACACAGUUAAUUGGAAAGAAAACAGAAUUCUCAUUAAGUGUGUGAGACCGUGUGUUGAUAAUAUGGUGAUUGUUGUGAUGACAGAAGCUCAGAUUACAUAGGGCUGUGGUGUGUCUUCUUCGCAUUAUUUCCCACCCCAGCUGUAGCCAUCAGUUUGACAGGCAGGCUGGAUCCUAUGCAACAAUCAGCGUUAUCUGAUGCAGUGCGCGUUACAAUUGCAGGCCAGCAACACGUCACUUCUCAUGCAAUGUCAACAACAGCAGGGACUACAGGAUGUGAAACAUAUGCAAGAAUAUUGGAUGAUCCAACAAUUUAAUAUAAAUGGGUUUAUGGUGGCAAUAUCGGUGAUCGUUAGGUGUCCGGGCAGAGCAAUUCCAACUUGACGCAAGAUCCUCCAUGCAUUUCUGGAUUGACAAGCGGAGCCAGACGUGUGGUUUCAGUGGGCGUCAUCGCGUGCCAGCCUCGUUGUCGGCAGGAAGUUGUGGACACCACCAAAGGAGACAACGCAGGCUAUCGCGAGGGAAACCCAUGGUAACACCAGUGCACAGAUUCCAGCCUAUUGAAUCUGUGGCGGGUGGCGGUGGAGGCUUCGGGGGCCAGCAUGGUCCUCGCAGAUUCCAGCAGCAUCACCUACAGCCUCACCACCACAAUCAUCGUCAGCACCAACAUUAUUUCCCACCUGCAUACAGUGGGGUGCGCCCAACAGGAGCUCAUGUGGUGGAGUUUGACAGCAGUGUGUACCUGGACCCCAUAGAUGGUGUUGGAGACACUAAUGCUCCAAACAAUAAUCAUCAACUGGAGCCGCAGUUGAUGACUGUUGGGUGUAUGAAAUGUGGGAUGUGGACUUCCUUUGCACUUGGAGCAUUAUUUAUAGGUGGUGCCAAGUUCUACUUAGAUGAACAGAGGCAUGGAUUGGAAGUGCUUGUAUUUUCCACAGUGAUGGUGGUGGUCCUGUUGUUUUUCUGCAUACUGUCAAUGUGUCGCUCCAAAGAAACACGCGAUCGUAUGGCAGCAGCUGUUACCUCAUCACAGGCACCUCAUUCUGUAAACUCACAUCAAGAACAGACUCAAGUUCAUGAGAUGGAAACUGCUUCCAGUGAGGACACAGGUUUGGGCCAGAUUGUAGAUCAGUCCAGCACUGUCGUCCUUACACCCACUUCAGGUCUGCCUCAAGCUUCAGAUCUGCCACCUCCUUAUGACAUUGCAAUACAGCUGCCUCAUCAGAUGCAAAACAUAGAAACAGUGCAAGUGGAUGACGAAUCACCGCCACCAUCAUAUGAUAAGGCUGUCAGUUAGAAUUUGAAGUGAAAGCAUUGGAUGGAUUACAGUGAUAAUAAGGGAAAUGUGAAAGCUAUUGACAGACUAUAAUUUAUGAAAUAAUUUAAGGCUGUGCAUUUGGGGAUUUGCUAUAAUGUAUUAUUUUCAAUCAGUAAGUUUUCCAUGAUGUAGCUAAAUUGAGUUAGAAAUAAUAUUGAGAAUUCAUGGUUUUUUCAAACUGUGUAUACAGUUACAAUUUUUUAAACUACAUCAGUUACUAUUUUUUAAUCUAUCAGGAUUAAAAUAAGUAUAAAAGUAUACUGCAAUAACAUUGCAACUCACAGUGCUCUUGUAUUCAAUGCCAUUUAAUCCAUCAAACUUCUGACAUAAGUAAAAUUAAAUUCUGUCAUCUAUCUCAAAAUAGAACUUCCAAGGUUUAAAUAUAGUUAGUACACUCUGUCUAAAACAUCUCUGAGGAUAUAUAAUGCCUCAAGGAGGCAAGAAAAAUCCUGUUGUAUUCAAUUAGAUCUCUCAUACGGUGCUCCUACGUAUCAUGGAUUAUUGAUUAACUAACUGCAUGGAGCUGAGUCCUUUUUCAGAAGCAACCAGUUGCUCAGCUACUCCAGAAUUUUCCAACAUUUUGUGGAACCCGAAGGUAUAUAACCAUGUCUAUAAGAGCCCUCCACUGGUCUCUAUCCUGCACCACAUCAAUCUAGGCCAUGCCACCCCAUCGUAUAUCUCUAAGAUCCAUUUUAGUAUUAUCCUCACACUUAUGUCUAGGUCUUCUUAGUGGUCUCUUUCAAUCUGGAUUUCCCAUAAAAUCUUUGUAUACAUUCCUUUUGUCGCCAUGUAUACUACAUGCCCUGCCCAUCACAUCUUUCUUCAUUUGAUCAUUUUAAUCAUAUUCAGUGAAGAGUACAGGUUAUAUAGCUCCUCAUUAUGCAAUUUUCUCAGACCUCCUACUGUUUCAUCCCUCGCUCUUUAUUACUUGCACAAUCUAAUACCAACCUUCACAAAUUCUGUACCAUAUUUACAUCUUUACAUAAUGCUGAUUCUGGUGCAUCCUCAAAGGUGUUUCAGUCAGAGUACAGUGAUGUGAUGUUCACCAUAUGCAAAUGUGUAUAAACAUGAUUGCAGAGGCUUGUGUUCUGUUACUGUGUUCCAUAACAGAGACUUCUCUCAUAGCAAACAUGAAACUAGGGAAUUACUAUGAGAAAAGAUAUGAAGCAUUCCUUCAACUGUAAUAAUUGUUUCUAAUGCUAUUGUUAUAGUGGACUUUACACUGAAUGUUACAAAUGAUUUUAUUAAUCUAAAAUGUGGUGGUUAUAUACACAUACAGAGUACUAAAGAUGAUUUCAUCUUUGUGAAAAGAGCCAAUUCUGGUUUUGAACCUUCUUUACUGUAGUCAAGUGAUGUGAGACAUUAAGAAGACAAGUUAACUUCCAAUGAGAAUUGUUAGGGAGUGUUACAGGCUGGAUUAAACCACUGGUUACUGAUGAUAUAAAAGUGUCAAGUAUGAUGCCAGUGAGUUUAUUGGCUACAAAAAUGAAACGUGUGGACUCCUAGGAUGGUAUAUAUUAUAUUACCUAUCAUACUAAAAUAAGAAGCUUCAAAAUUCAUCGUAACCUUCAAUCAGCUGAGUUUAAAUUCAACUGAUUACUGUUAAUUUAUUAUUGGAAUUGUACAUACUCGCAUUUCCUUUGAAUGAAUUAUAUAAAUGUGUGGAACUGUGAUUUUUAUGAUUAUUAUCUGACUCAAACGUGAAGCACAAAUGUUCAAUGCCUUCCAAGAUGCUAAGACAUCCAAAAUGGCAUCCAUUUACAAAACUGUUGUUUAAUCAUUUUUUAAUUCUGUAUUUUCCUAAACUCUUUUCUUACUAUUUUAAGUGUGCUUAUAUUCUACAAACAGCCACUGUACUUCUCUGUGUCUAUCUACUGUAUUUCUAACUAUAAGGUGUUGUGAAAAUUCUUAUUAAUCUUAUAAAAUUUAGGAAAUUAAAUCUGAAAA